CCUAACUUUGACUCUGAUUAACUUACACUUAUACUUACGUGUGAAACAUGGUGUGAUUUUAAUUUUCGUGUUAUCAUUUUCAGUCAUGAAAUGGACGAGCCGUAUCUUCAAACCGAUUUAAGCUAUUUUUCCUCAAGCAAAUGUGAGCCAUAGUCUCAAAUUUUCCGCGCAAACUGUCCAGCUUACUGCCAUGCCUGUCCAUUAACCAUGUACUUACGGAGCCACCUAGCCAUUAAACGGGAAAUGAUGUUACUGUCUCUCAGUAAGAAGCGGUGCCAAGAAUAGGAGACAAUUCUCUAGGCCAAAAUCCAGUUGAAAUGGACAGAGUGAAACAUGUGGCGAAGCUUGGUUCAUCUGAAGACGAGGGGCAUCCGUCUCGCACAUCAGGGAAUCAAGAAAUAAGUGCCCCAUCCAAGGAAACUUACACUAGAAAAAGAUCGUGCCAUAAAGCUCACAUUAAUUCAUGGAAAAUAUUCUUAGAGAAAGAUGGCUUCAUUAGGUGUCACUUCCAAGGCUGCAAGUUUACAGCCCAAUCCGUUGAUGAAAUGAAGGAACAUUUUGGAUAUUGUAGAGGGAAUCUAGAUGUAAAGGCUCCAGCAAUUCAAACUCAAGAAAUAAAGGUCCCAGCACUUCAGGCGCAAGAAAUAAGGGCCCCAUCAAAGAAUACUUACAUCAGAAAAAGAGCUUUCCAUAAAGCUCAUGUUAAUUCAUGGAAUAUAUUCUUGGAGAAAGAUGGCUUUAUUCGGUGUCACUUGCAAGGCUGCAAAUUUAUAGCACUAUCCAUCGAUGAAAUGAAAGGACAUUAUGGAUACUGUAAUGGGAAAAAUCUAGGCGCAGCAUACGAGUGUCCGUUCUGCAAAGGACAAACAACAACGGCAGACCUUUUAAAUACUCAUAUUCAGCGUUCACAUGUUCUGUCUGAUGUUGUCACCACGAUCAUUGAGAAAGAUGCUAAAAUUGGAGGAACAAAUAAUGAGGCAGAAGUGUGCAUCAAAGACACAAUUAACAUGAAAGCUCUUCUGGUAGGAUGGCGGAGUGAUGGUUACCUUUGCUGUCCAUUCCAAUGCAAUACAAUUCUGAAGAAACUGUUCCCAUUUACCACUCACCUAACCUCGUGUAAAAAAGCUCCUUCCAAGUUCAGAGCUGUUUGUAUUUGUGGCUCCAUACUCGACAAUACCCUAACAUUUCUACAUCAUACUACAGUGUGCGAUGCAAUCGAAUUCCAUGUGAAAAAUGUGAACACCUACAACUUUGACCUUCAAGAAUCGGAAGAGGUCUUAAAUGCAUGGAAAAAUCUCAUAGAGGAAAAGGGUUUUGUCCGCUGCAACCGUUGCGCCUGUUUGACGUUCCACACUGAAAGUACAGCUCAGCAUCAUUCUGCAUGUCUAAAAGAAUCAUCAACUGCACAAAAAUAUGAGUGCCCGUUCUGUAGCGGUUGGACGAAAUCAAUUGAUUUACUGUCAAAACACGUGUUUUUCUCACACUCCACAAAUUCAGAAGCCCUGGGAUCUAUACUGCCUGAAUAUAAUGUACCUCUUGUGCAAAUUGAAGACUCAUACUUCAAGAUUAAUAAUGAGUUUAUUUGCCAGUAUUGUGAAAAGCGAUUUGAAAGCCCCGGAGAUAUUCAAGAACAUAUGAACGAAGCUCAUCUUGCGAUCAUUGAAGGAAGGGGUUUCAGCAGUUUAGUAGAUUAUUGGAAGUCUCAGCUUGAAACAAUGUGUCUAUGCAGUUGUCCUAAAUCUGUCUGCUCGUUUUCCACCGACUCUGUCACAGAAAUGAUUCAACAUUUCGUCCAUUGCAAAAAGUUAAAUGAAAACAACGGUCUGAACGAAAGGGAGGAUAUGAGGUGGGAAACAACAAGUUCACCAGGUGCCUUUGAAGAUUUUCCAACGACGAGUGACCAAGCAGAGUACCUUGAAUCGCCCCUUCUAGUGGAGUGCAAUAUCAAGAAUUCGAGAAGUACUCCCUCUUCAUUGAGAGGAAUGGUGACAAGUGAACAGCAAUGGAACGUUAAUGUUGCCAAACGAGUGAAAAAGUCUGUGAUUCCCAGGAAUUUGUCAAUAGGAAAGCGUCGGAAAGAAGCUUCGCAGACAAAAAAUCUUGCCUCCCAAGCAAGAAAUCAACCAAAAAUGACGAAGUCUACAUUACGCCAAAACGUACAAAAAUUACCUUGUAAAAUGCACAUUAGCAUUAAAAAGAAAGUGCAGUGUAGAAAGGCAUCCACUAGAACAAUUUUGACCUCAAAUAUUCCCACUGGUUUGUCUCCUGGUUUUGAAGCUUGCCGAAAUGAGUGGAAGCGGCUCUUAAACUCCUCAAGCUCAAAAGUUAGUGACAAUUUACCUGGAGAUAUUGAUACUGUAAGGUGCGGCGCUUGUGGAGUGGAAGUUGCUGCGGAUUCUUUUCAGAAGCAUAAGAUGAUCCAUUAUGGACUUUGUUGGGUGGAAGGAGAAGAACCUAUCAAUUUCAGCGAUGAAAAAAGUUCUCUAAAGUUAUUAGUCGAUUUUACAGCUGAACUGCCUGAGCCAGAGCGUGCAAAAAUAACGAAAUUCCGUUGUUUUCGUUGUCAGAGAGUACAAGAUAUUGCCUUUGACCACGUGAAACACUUGAAGAACUGUAUUUUAAGAGAUAGCAGUAAUUUUUUAGGGUCAGGUAGCUCCACGAGUUUAAACCAGCAGCCGUCAGAUAUCGAUUACAUCACUGAAGUAGAAACAGUCGGCCUUGAAUCAGAAGAACUAUCGACAGAAGAUCCUUUGUACAAUUUCACAGAUAGUCCGGACUGUGAAGUCUUGACAAUUGAUGAGUCCGAGUUUGUUGUUUGUGAAGAAGUUGUUUUAUCGGAGACUCAGUGCGAGACUGAUCAGAUUUCAUCUGAGGGCCAAUGUCAAGAGACCAUGAAUGUUGAGUUUUCCAACAGUGACGGGAUUGAAUCUGUCACUCUCGUUAAUGUGCUAGAACCAGGAAGCCCAACUCAAGUGUCUGAGGAAAUUAACUGUGAAUCAUUUGAUCAGAGUGAACAUUCCUCUGAGGUAUUCAAUACAAAUACUGCUGAAAAGGCAAAUAGUUAUCUGGCUAAGCAAACCUACAAUGACAAGGAUAGCAACAAAGGAUCGGAACAGUGUGUGAACAGUCAAAAUUCGGAACAAACGGAAGCCUCAGCCAACAGCAAUAAUUUCAAUCAUCCCAUUACAUCAGAUCUGUUAGAAAAUCUUACUCCCCAGAGUGAUGUCAUCACAGAAGAAUUCACUGUUGAUUUGAUGAAUGGUCGUCUUGUUCUUAAUCCUGUUGCAACUGGUUGUGAAAGGAUCCAUAAUGAGUCGGAGCAUUUGGUAACAGAUGGAAUAAAGGACUCGACCGGUAAAACUGAGAGUACCUCCAGCAAAACAGUUAAAUGUGGAGCAUGCAGGGAAGAAAUGGAACUCAGUACUUAUGAACAGAAUCACAUCGAUGAGCAUUAUGGGCUUUGUUGGCUCGAGGGGAAACCACCAGUGAAUCUGAAGGACGAUGAACUUUGUUUCACUAUUCUAAAUGAGUACAUGUCCUCAUUUCAAAGUCAGGAAGAACGGAAUUCUAUGGUUUUUUGUUGCUUCAAGUGCAGAGGAAACUUAGACGGUCGGAUAGAAUACUUGAAACAUAUUAGAGUUUGUUUAUCCCAAGAGAAUGGUUUACAAGAACCAAGGUUAAGCCCUAGUGAGAAAGAAAACUGGAUAGAAAGCACUUUGACAUCCAGGUCAAAAGCAAAUAAAUCUAAUGGUAGGAUGAUACCGAUGAAAAGAAAGUAUUUACCAACAGACUCGGUAAAAUGUGGCCUUUGCAAAGAACAGAUGACCUACGAAUUUUAUAUGAAGAAGCAUCGAGAUAGACACUUUAAACUUUGCUGGAUCGAUGGUGAAACUCCUUUAGACUUUUUUGAUGAGAAGCGGUGUAUGAGCACUCUUAUGGAGUAUCAGUCGCUUUUUACCAAAUCAAGAAAAAAUGAUCCAAAAUGUUUUAGUUGUUUCAAGUGUAGAGAAAACCAUAAAAAUGCGCCUAGUCAUUUGCGGCACCUCAUCGUUUGCGUUGCCAGAAAUGAAUUCAGGAACAAACGCCACUCUUCCAUCGUAGGAAAUCAAAUGAGCACCUCUAAUUUACCAGCACGAAUCGAUAUUGAAGCUAAUCAAUCUGUCCCUGUAUCUGGAACCAGCUCAGUUAAGGAGUCUGAAACUGGUUCAAAGUCGGAAGUGAACACUGAUAUCAAAGAAAUAAAUGCCCAACAUUCUUUAAAACCAAGGGAAAUCGACAAGAGUCCAUCCGAACCUUCUCAUUUAACAGAUGAAAGAUCUGCUUCCGUAAAAUCUCCAGUAGGGAAGAGGAGCCGUCUUUCAACAGAAGCCGCUGAACAGGAAAAAACUAGUUCAACCAGUUGUGAUAGCAUAGAGAAAAAUCCCGGUAAAAACCGUCGCAAGCAGAAGCUCACAGAAAGAUGCAACUUAGAUACUAUAAGUCCUCCAGAAGAAGAGCCAUCCUCUACUGGUGACACCAUAGAGACCUGUGGGGAUGAUGAGAACACUUCCGAUUAUGUGGAUAAAGAAUCAACGAAUGUCUUAGGUGGAAAACCCAGGGGUCGUAGAAAAAACCAGAGAAGUGUCGAGGGAAAAGAAGUGCCAGCGACAAUUUCGGUAUCUGAAAGUGCGACUGGGUCGUGUGAAAGUACCUCUUCAGAAACUCUCUCUUCCUCAGCUCUACGACAAAGUCAUAGUCGAUCAAAUAUGGAUCACAUUAAUUCGAAUAUGACAGGUAGAGCCGUUUCAAAGCGCAGAAUUAGUGAUAGUCGAAAUACCAUUAACUCAUGUGAUUUGAGCAUGAGUGAAAGUCUAGAAGUUUCAAAUAUAGGUAUUCAUUCCAGUACGUGUGUUUCAGAUAUUGAUUCUAAAACUGAUGACACUUUACAUGACAGAAGUAGUAAGCGAGGUCGAUGGAAGAAAAUGCCUCCAGAUAAUAGGCCUGCUGUAAAUAAUGAAGAACUGGAGGUCACCAACGAAAUAGAAUCAGCUAAAAUUCAAAGUGAUACACUAGAUGUAUGCAGAUCAAAUGAAGAUUCUCUGGCAGAAAUUAUCCCUGAAGACAAGAGGCGGUCAAGAGGUCGUCCUAGAAAGAAGUCUGCCGAUGACUCUUUAGAAAAAACUGAUGUGAUGUCGGAAAGUAUGCUUUCUUGUAAAGAUAAGGAGGUUCAUUUUUUAGGUGAAGAUGAAAUGCAAAAGGAAUCAGGCAUCGGAAGUGAUCCACUGAAGAAAAGUAGUGACAAGUGCAUGCGCAAUACCAAAAUGACCAGUGACAGCUCAUCAGAGAUCAUUGAAAUGCCAUCUGAAAGUGCAGACGAUCAAGCAAAAAAAAUGUCUAAUCCUACAAUUGCUUCAGAAAGUAAUGAAAAAAUGUCUGAAAUCAAUAACCCAGAGAAAAUAAAGCAGGGUAGAGGUAGGCCAAAAUCAAAGUCUCGGGGUGAACACUCGAGGGAAGAUUUUAUUUCAACUACUAUAGAUGCGACAAUUUUAUCUGAGAGAACCGUUAUGACUGAGAAUCCAUCCAAAAUGAACAAUCCGCAGGAAAUAGGAUCUGAAAAUGCCAGAAAAGAGAGGAAAAGAGAUGUUACCGAAAAAGAUGACACUUCAUCAGAAAUUGAAGAUACUGCAGAUCACUCAAAAAUUCAUGCAGCUUUUAAAUUUGAGUUGGAAAAUAAUUCACCCCAAAUCAGUGGCUCACUAACCAAAAAGCGUGGCAGAGGAAGACCAAAAUUAAAUACAACAGGGGAGAAUUUUUCUGAAGGAGAUACAAAAUUGACGGAAAAUUCUUUUAUAGAAAAAGAAAUCCAAAAAUCUACAGCUGAUUCUAAUGUUGAAAAAAAUUCACCCCUAAUCAGUGGCUCCAUAACUAAAAAGCGCGGCAGAGGUAGACCAAAGUUGAAUUCUAUAGGAGAGAAUUUUUCUGAAGAAGAUACAAAAUUGACUGAAAAUUCUCUUAUAGGAAAAGAAAUUCCAGAAUCUACAGCUGAUUUUGAUGUUGAAAAAAAUUCACCCCAAAUCAGUGGCUCACUAACUGAAAAGCGCGGGAGAGGCAGACCAAAGUUGAACUCAACAGGGAAGAACUUUUCUGAAGGAGAUACAAAAUUGACUGAAAAUUCUCUCAUAGAAAAAGAAAUUCCAGAAUCUACAGCUGAUUUUGAUGUUGAAAAAAAUUCACCCCUAAUCAGUGGCUCACUAACUGAAAAGCGUGGGAGAGGCAGACCAAAGUUGAACUCAAGAGGGAAGAACUUUUCUGAAGGAGAUACAAAAUUGACUGAAAAUUCUCUCAUAGAAAAAGAAAUUCCAGAAUCUACAGCUGAUUUUGAUGUUGAAAAAAAUUCACCCCUAAUCAGUGGCUCACUAACUGAAAAGCGUGGGAGAGGCAGACCAAAGUUGAACUCAACAGGGAAGAACUUUUCUGAAGGAGGUACAAAAUUGACUGAAAAUUCUUUUAUGGAAAAAGAAAUUCCAGAAUGUACAGCUGAUUCUGACGUGGGAAAAGAUUCAGCCCAAAGUGGGAAUUUUCAAGAGAAAAAGCAAGGUAGAGGCAGGCCUAGGUCGAACAUCACUGUGAAAAAUGUUACAGCAGGAGGCAAGAAAGUAAUUGGAAAUGAUUCUCAGGAAACAAGGAAAUCUAAACUUACUUUAGAUUCCCUAAGUAGAGAAAAUUCACCUGAGACUUGCGGCUUGCAGCUGCAAAAACGUGGCAGAGGCAGACCAAAAUUGAAUAUGACUGUGGAAAAUGCGAGAGAAGACAAAAAAGACACUGAAAAUACAGAGUCCAAUGAUUCCAUUGACGCCUAUAGCCUCGAUAAUAAUGAAAGAGCAGGAACCGAGGGUAUUUCCAGUACCAGCAAAUCAGAACCGUUCAAACGUGGGAGAGGUAGACCUAGUAAGAAACAAAUUGGUGAGGACUCUGAAGAUCACAAUGUAAUUCCUGAAAAUUGCACCAUCCUAGAAAAAACAAAGGCGGCUAUCUCGAAUGAGACACAAAUGAUUGAAGGUUCACCAAUCCCUGGUGGUUCUCAAAAGAAAAGAGGCAGAGGUAGGCCAAGUAUGAAACAAAUUAGUGCGGAUAUAGAAGAUAAAGAUAUAAUCCCUAAAAGCGGUGCCAUUUCAGAAAACACAAAGACAGCUGUCAUGAAUGAGACUAAAAUGGUAGAAAGUUCCCCUGUCCUUGGUAUUUCUCAAAAGAAGAGGGGCAGAGGCAGACCAAGCACAAAGUUGCGUGACAGUGGACAUAUUUCCAUAGAAAAUAGUGAAGAAUGUGAAGAAGCUUCUUCAGUAAUCAAUACAAUUGGUGCUGGGAAAAGAAAAAGAAAAUCUGUUGAAAUAGUAUAUUCUGAAGGUGACUCACAAAUCCUCCUAAGUGAGAGGCCCAAGCGUAGCAGGCUUGCCAAUGAAGAACAGUCCAUUGAAAGUUCAGAGAUGGAUUGCAAUGAUGGUGAUGCGAAGACUUUUCCAAGCAAGAGGUCUCGCAGCAGCAGGCUGAAAACAGGAGAUACCAGUGAAAAAAUGUUUUAUAAUGACAGAAGUAGUACGUCUAAUGGAGAGUCCAAUCGAGGCAACACAUCUCGAAAAGUGUCUUAUAAGGAGUCACCAGAGGGAUCCUCUGAAGAUGAAAAAGAUGAUGUCCCUCCUAAAAAAGAUUCUGUAAAACGGAAAAAGAAACAAAAUGUUGACAGUGAUAAUGAAUUCAAUACUGACGAUUUUGUUGAUGAAAAUGAAGGCAAGGACGAAAGAAGAAAAACAAAAAAGAAAAGCCCGGCCAGUAAGUCAAAAGUUGACCGUAAUGAACCGUUGAGUGAAGUAACUAUUAAUGAAGAUGAGGACCCUGAAUUAUUCUCUAAAUACCAACUUACAGAUAAAGUCAAGUGUGCUGUUUGCGGAGAGGAAAUGACCUUUGAAAACUUUUGGAAGGUUCAUAGAGAAAAACAUUACAAACUUUGCUGGAUUGAAGGUGAGACGCCUUUGGACUUCUUUGAUGACAAUCUUAUGAAGGGUAUUUUAACUAAAUAUCAGUCAAAAUUCCUUCAGUUAAAAAAGAAGAAAAUUACCAAAGUAUACCAUUGUUACAAGUGUAGCGACAUUCAAAGGAGCCAUAUCGGUCACUUGAGUCAUGUCCGCAUUUGUUGUGUACCGCCUGAAGACAGGCAGAAAGCUUUGGUGGCAUGUGAACAUUGCGACAAAUUGAUUAUGCGACCCAGCAUGACAACUCACUUGAAAAAUUGUACUGUUUUUGAAAGCAUCAAACUAGCAGCAGUUUCUCAGGAGAGCCCAGGAGGCGGGGCUCCACGGUCGCGACGGUCGGCUGCGCUCAAAGCUGAGACUACGAUUAAACAACUGACGGACAGUCUUAUGGAUUCAAAAGAAGAAAAGAAAUCAAGAUUUAAGACCAAUGAAAGUGAAGAUGAUGAUUUCAAUGCCGGAGACGACAGUGGGAGUGAAGAGGAGGAAGAAUUGAGUGAUGAUGGCAGCAGAGAGAAGAAAGGAGGUUCAAAAAAUAUGAAACUAGCUUACCAUCACAAACCAAAGAACCGCUUGACUGCUGUCAUAGUACGAAACUGGGAGAAAACCGUUGCCAAAGGUGAGGAGGCCUUGUGUAUAUACCCAGGUUGCACCUAUAAAUCUGCCGACUUAACAACUUUGAAAGACCACUUCCAGUUUUGUCCUCAAUCAGGUCCGAGUGAUGAUUUCUUAUGUGCUUUAUGCACUUUCAAAACAUCAGAUGAAGUAGCAAUAGGAGCUCAUGUCCAUACUGCUCACAAAAUUAAUCUCAAACAAGGUGCCUUUUACGUACCUGAACGAAUUGUAGAGCCUUUUGUGGCACUGUAUCCUCCCAAAGAUGCAAAUAGGCUAGAGACUAAUCGCAUCAGUAAAUUCGGUUUUACUUACCAGUGGACACUGGAAUUUGUGAGGGAAAAACUGGGAGACUCCCCCAAUUUUAACUCCUUAAAUAACAUUCAAAAUCCAAUACCGAUCGAAGACGAAACCCUUGAUGUGUACUUACCAAAAUGCCGCGAAUCUGUGACAGUGUUUCCUAUCAAAAAUGUUGCCAACAAAGUGGAUAAAUCUCAAUUUAGCCUGUUUCAAUUUGAGAAUGAACAAGAUCUCGUUAAAAUUUUUGUUGGUGGUCCUAUCUGGUCAUUAGCUUGGGCUCCAACAGUCAUCACAGAACAGCGGCAAUUCCUCGCAGUAUCGACGCACCAGGAUAUGGAAACAGUUUACACAAGACAAAAUACAGCACCACAUGCUGGGUUGAUCCAGGUCUGGGAGUUUCCGUGCUUGAGCAAUCUUGACGGAAAUGCUGAAAAUCCAAAACUUGUCCUUGGGAUCACCCACGAUUAUGGCACAGCAUGGACUAUGGAAUGGUGCCCUGCUACAAAGUUUGACGGAAUAAUCGGCCUCCUCGCUAUCGGUUUUUCUUGUGGAAUCAUAGCAGUAUAUUCUGUGCCCCUCCCAGAAAACAUGCCAGGAAAUACUGCAAGACAUCCUCUGUAUAAGUUUGAGCCCCGUAUCACUCUGAACUUGCCAAUGGGGGACAAAGCACAGUGCACACGAGUAGCAUGGCAGCGCGUCAAACCUCACAACAUUUUAGCAGCCAGCUUCACUAAUGGUUUUGUUGGAGUUUGGAAUUUGGAUACAACUUCCCCGCUACUGAAACAGGAUGACUCUUUGCUUCCCUUUCAAGUUUUCCAAGCUCAUCACACUGCAAUUACUGGCUUACAGUUUGGAGUCUUGGAGAAUAACCGCUACCUUGUAACUUGUGGUACUGACAGAGUUGGCAUUUGUUUGUGGGACCUGAAGAAUGUAACAACCCCUAUCUUCCAAACACAGAUUGGUCUCUACCGUACCAAAAUCAGAAACAACAAUAUGAUAACAGACCUUGUUUGGCCGAACCAUUGGCUGACACUGAUCUCCACCUCAGAUGACGCAUUCAGCGCUGGCUCUGCAGCUCAAAUGAACGCCUUGCGAGAUUUCAACUAUACUGUUGAGAUGUUGAUCCCUCAAACAGCAGUGAAUUGGAGCGUUUCAUACUGUGAAUGGACGGGGAGUAUUGCGGUAGCUUCUGGUGAUGGUGACGUAACAAUGUAUGCGCCUGGGCAGCUUCUACGCCCGAUAGACACGAAGCAUCGCAAUAUCAAAAGGCGUAUAAUGAGGACAGUCAUUGUUUAUAAAGACUCAGGCAGUCCUAUUAAAGUGAAGACCAAAGCAAAGGUGAGACCCUUCCAAGAAAGGCCAUCGACUUAUGAAGAAUCAGCCUCACAGUAUGGUGUCAAGUUUGUUCCUGAGUUAGAGGAGUUCAAACUUUCGGCCAGUGCAAAUGAGCGGCAAGUGCCCAAAAAUGAAAUCAACCUAUUUCCACUGAGUAGUGUCAAUAAAGUUGCAUGGAAUCCAAAUUGUCAAAGUUUCUUGUGGCUUGCAAUGGGGUACCAGAAUGGAUUCCUGUGUGUUUCUCGGAAGAGUUUAGUUUUGCCUUCCAUCCUACAGAAACAUUACUCCGAGCUCUAGUUGCGAGCAUCAAGUCUAGUCAUUUUUUUGUUUUAUCUCAUAACCACUAUAUUUUUUGCUGGAAGCACAGGGUUGUAGACUUUCAACGAUCUUUCAUUUUAUUGCAAUGCCCUAUCCUUAGAAUGUGGAUAAUUUAUCAUAACUCGGUUCGAUUUGGGGUAGGGGAGAUUUACUGAGUCAGGCGAGUUGCUGAUAUCAAGAGUUUUUCCAUUUUUCAAAAGGUAUUUUGUAAUUUUGCACCCUAAUGUCAAGGAAUAAUUUAUCAUGUACUGAUUUUAGGUACUUUAUCAAACAGUACAUUUUUAUUUGAAGCAAUCGUAUCUUACGUACAACACAACUACUUACGUACCAACACACAACUACUUAUGUUACAACAAAGAAGUUUCAUGCUAACUUUAGAUGAUUUCGUGUAUCGCAACUUUUUUUCGUCACUUAACAAUAUUUUCAUUUGAUGGGGAAGAGAAAUCUUUUGUUAGGUAGAAAUAGUGAUAGUUUUGCAUUCUAUUAUUGCAUAAUUGAUUCGGAAAAUUUGAUCCUCUCUUAAAAAAUGCGUGUUGUUCUUAGAAAUGUUUUCAUCUCACAGAGUAUCCUUAGUUUUUAAAUAUUAUUUUAGCCAAAGAGAAAUGUUUUCCUUCUAUGAAAUUUUCAAACUUUUCUUGUCAAAUCUGACAAAAGCAGAGCAUUAAAAAUGCCAAUUUUUGCCCCUUACAUUGUCUUAUGCAUACAACUGUGUGUGAAGUGUCUCAUAUGAAAUUUCUUUCAUGUACUUCUAUAAAUUAUUGUCAUCCCAUCAGAGAAAAAUUUUAUUAAGAUUUUCUUAAGAUUUUGCUACUCUUCAUCACUGUCGGUCUGUCAUUGGCAACUUGGUUCUAAAGCCGCAAAUCAUAUACAAAAUUCCCCUGAUCACAAUUGUUUUAUGCCUUAAAUAAUAAUUUGUGGAAAAUAAGCUCCUGCUGUUGAAUAAUGUUAUUUGUUGUUGCAUUUGGACUAUAGUUCACAAGAGAAAUUAUUAAUAUUUCUGGCUCAUUCCUAAAAAAGCACCUAUAUGCAUAGGAAAAGUAAUGGUAUGCAUGCUGUUUCAUAAAUGAGACAAAAAUAGUUUGAUGGCCUAAGUGCAAGACCACAUACUCCAUUGCGAUGUCUCAAAAUUUCCGCUCCUAUUUUAUUUUUUUCAAACAGACUUUUUAGCUUGACAUUCAUACAGAAUAUUCUGCUAAAUGAGAACAUAUAUGGAGGAAGUUUUCAAAAAAUUAAGCUGACAAGUUUUCCAAAGAAAAAGUAAAAUAUGACAGGAAGUCUGCGACGUAGCAGACGGAGGUACAAGGUUUUGCUCUUUUGCCAUUGAGUUGUUCCAUUUUGGAUAAUGUAGUCUGUUUGUCUUGUGAUUCAUUUGUAAAUAUGUACAUACAAAGUUUUUAUUUGAAAGGAGUGACAUUUAUUUUCCCAGUGAGAGGACUCGAGUAUACUGAGUCUAUCAAAGAGUAAUUUUGUCAACUAUGUAUUACCCAGCUAAAAGAGGUGAUGACUCGGAAGUGUUCAGUAACAGCAACCAGAAUUAAUUGUUUACAGAUUAUUCCUGUUAAUUUUGAUGUCACAAGUAUCUGCUGUUAUAUUAUUAUCCUUUUCAAUAAGAAGUUGUAAAAAGUUAAAAAUGUAAAGAAGUUAAUUUUUAACAAAAACUAUGCACUGUGUUCAGAGCCGAGUAAACUGUAACUCGGAGGACCUUGAAGAAGCAUUUUUUUCUUGUAUUCUUAUCCCGCUUGUUUCUGAUUGCAAAUGUUUUUCUUCAUACGUAUUUAAAUUUGUAAAUUCUGUAAUUUUUGUACCUCCUGUAGAUGCCCAGUUUUCUAAAAUUUUUCAGUGACUUUGACUCUCUGUGCAAUUUUGGACUUGUUAUAACUCAGAUAUUUAUUUCCAGUGUCUUACCUCCAUGAGUUUAAAAGGUACAUGUUAUUCUGGAAGAUAAAUGUAUGUGCCUACUGCAACCUUUCAUUAGUAUUCAAUAUAAUUUUCAAAAAUUCUUCAAUAAAUAGCUUAUCAUCACAAAAGAUCCUGCACAGAAAACCGGAGUCUGGCAAUAGCUAAAUUGCCUCAUCAUUUGAUAUGAUGUUCUCCUGAGGUGAAGAACACCAUGCCCAUUAAUAAUGAAAUUUAGCUGGAGCUGAAUCCUAUGAUUUUUCGCGCAGGAUCCCUCUAAAUCUGUUCUAUUUGUGACAAACUUUCAUCAGCUUGCAUUCAAAAUUUUAAUUACAAUGUUUUGAAAAUUGAUGGAGAAAAUGUUGUCAAAAUGGUUGUUUUUAAGUAGUUAUUCAAGACGAAUAUUCUAAGCAUUGUCUGCUGACCUGUCACAAGCCUGUAGGAAUUUUCUUUUUUUUUGCAUUUAUUAGCGGAUAGGCCUGUUGCCUCAAAUCGCAUUGCCUGAACUUUCUAUCAUUUUAAGUUUUUUAGAAGUGAACUUCUAUUUUCUCCUCUUUUAAAAUUUAGGUCUAAGUGCAUAAUAAAUUUACAAAGUGGAAGGUCGUUUGUAUAUAUUUUUUACCUGAACUAAUUGGAGUAUUCAUUUUUUUACAUCUGAGCAGUAUCUGUUUAUACCUAAUUAUUUGUAAAUUUUUGUGAUAUAAUAAAAUCUGUAAUCUUUUGUUA